AUGAGAGCGGAUAAAUCUUCAAUGAUUGACAAGUUUUACCUUGAUAAACAUAUUUUCCGAUUCAACUUUUACCACGAUGAUGACACAAAUCCCAAUGACACGAAGAAGCUUCAAGAGGCGACUAUUUUAGGAACUAUAGUGAUGGUCAUGUGCUGGGUUCAAUUCUUUUUACUGGCUUUGACGAUCGUCAUUAAAUUCACCGAGAAACCGUCACAGAAUGAUCAUCCAAGCACAUAUGACAAAGAUGCAACUGAAUUGGAUCUUGAAGCGACGGAUAAUUUGACACUAGUGCUGGACACUAUGGACGAGAAAGGUCAGCCGAAAAUAUCCAAAAAUAAAGUUGGAAAUCUAAAAAAACAGUCGAUAGAAGAGGAAUAUGCAAUGGCUAAAUAUAAUUUCCGAAAUCAGGAAGACACGGAUUUCAAAUUUAAGAUUGGCGAUAGAAUUCGUAUAGUUAAACGAACCAGAAAAGAGAGUGACUGGUGGACAGGAGAAUUCGAUGGUAAAAUUGGACAGUUCCCUGAUACAUCAAAACUUCAAGGACGCAAAAUGGAAUUUUGUACAGAUGAAAACAUUUUGGCUAUUAUUAAAAGUCUUUUAUUUUUGUAG